UCUCAGAGUUCCACCAUGUCACUGCGUCAGGUCACUAUCAUCGGAUCAGGAAACUGGGGCAGUGCUAUUGCUAAGAUUGUGGGCUCUAAUACUGCCAAAUAUCCUGAUCUCUUCCACUCACAGGUGAAGAUGUGGGUGUUUGAGGAGGAGGUGAACGGUGAGAAGUUGUCUCACAUUAUCAACUCAACCCACGAGAAUGUAAAGUACCUGCCUGGAAUCAAGCUGCCGGCAAAUGUUUUAGCAGUUCCUGAUGUAGUUGAAUCUGUUACUGGUUCUGACAUUCUUGUGUGGGUUCUGCCACAUCAGUUUGUGCCGAGACUCUGCGGACAGAUAAAGGACGUUGUAAAACCAGAUGCAGUGUCACUAUCUUGUAUCAAAGGUCUGCAGGAUUCCUCCGAGAUAAAGCUUAUCUCAACCCUUAUCCAAGAAGAGCUCGGUACUGACUGCUCUGUGCUGAUGGGUGCUAAUAUUGCUAACGAGGUCGCCAAGGAGGAGUUCUCUGAAGCUACAAUCGGAUGUAAUGAUGACGUCAUGGGUCCCGUGUUUCAGAAGUUGUUCACUACAGAUUACUUCAAAACUACUGCCGUCAAAGAUAAAGAUACAGUGGAGUUGUGUGGCGCCCUGAAGAAUAUAGUUGCAGUUGCUGCAGGAUUUGUGGACGGGAUGGGCCUUGGCGGCAACACGAAGGCAGCCAUCAUCCGACUAGGAAUGAAAGAGAUGGUGCAGUUCAGCAAGAUGUUUAGUCCAGCUAGUCAGCAGUUGACAUUCUUUGAGAGUUGCGGAGUCGCUGAUUUAAUUACCACCUGUUAUGGUGGAAGAAACAGAAAAGUUUCCGAAGCGUUCGUAAAAACAGGAAAAACACUCGAUGUUCUGGAAGCGGAGAUGUUAGGAGGACAAAAGCUGCAGGGACCGAUGACCGCUAAAGAGGUAUACCACGUACUGAAAGCUAAGGGUGUAGAAGGAUCCUACCCCUUAUUUAGAAGCGUUUACGAGAUUUGUUACGAAGGAAUGCCACCCAAACAUCUCUUAGAUACACUCUCCACUAUUUAGUUGGGAUGAUAUCAAGAUUUCCUUAGUUUUUGAUGGUGACAAUCUCAAACUAACGAUUCAUAGGCUGAAGGUUGAAUAUGUAUAUUUUUAGUGAAUAAGCAAUAUUUAAGUAGUGGCAGUGCAUUUUAGGUGUUCCUGAUUUAUUAACAUCUAAACUAUGAAAGAAUUUGAUGAUAUAUCGUGCGUAAAGAUUUGUUGAAAUCUGAAACCAGAAUAGUACUCUCAAAACCAAAAUAGUUUUAGUUGUUAGUUUUUUUGAGGAUUCGUAAUUUUCAAUCGUUGUCACAUAUUGUUGUCACAUAUGAGCGGGGUAGUAAUUCAUUUCCUUUUAUUUCUAACUCUAGUAAACUUGAUCUUAGUAGGUUUUAGUUUUAAGCCAUUUUUGAAUUUGAUUAAUUUAUUUUGAUUGUACUAGCAUUAAUUUCUUUGGAUUUUGUAUCUAUGUCCAGUUUGAAUGCUUUGGUGGUUUUAUAUAACUUAA